UCGGCAUCAGUUGAUCACACAGCUCCACAGCACACUCAACAUGAAGUUCUUCGUGGUUGCCGCUCUGCUGGCCGUUGCCGCCGCCGACAACGCGCCCUCCUACGCGCCCAGGCCCGCCUACCACCCCCAGCCGGCCUACAAGCCCGCUCCCUACCACCAGGAGAGCUACGACCAGCCGCCCAAGUACGACUACAGCUACGACGUCCACGGAUACGGAGACUACGAGCCCGUCUUCAACGCCCAGGAGGCGCGUGACGGCUACGCCACCCAGGGAUCUUACUCGGUUGUGCUGCCCGACGGCCGUACCCAGACGGUCACCUACCGUGUGGAUGACGCCUACUCUGGCAACAUUGCUGAGGUCACCUACGAGGGUGAGGCCCGCUACGACGAGUAUAAGCCCAGCUACAAGCCCAGCUACCCUCAGCCGAGCUACAAGCCCACCUACAAGCCCGCCUACGGCAACUAAGUCACGAAAACUGGAUCGCGUGUUUGAAUCAAGACCUGUUUAUGCUGUAUUUAUUGUGUGAUGUCAGUUCUCAAUAAAGUGAUGAUACUUUA